CUUAAGUAGCAGUCUUUAAUGUUUAAACGCGCUAGUAAUUGGUGAUAGCGUACUUGCUUUUGUCGAUUAUAUCUUUUCGAUUAAGGAAAUAAUAAAAAAAUUCAACGCCACCUUUGAAUAAUUCCAUUCUCCCUAAUAAAGUCAAAAAUCAAAGCUUCGUUAUAUAAAAACGAAAAAGAAUGUUGUAUUGUUAAGCAAAAGAUCGAACAUCGGAUGAACAGAUCUGUCUAUCGUUGGUCCAGCUUAAUUUUAAGAAAAAUGGCCGAAGAAAUCAAUAAAUCCGAGAUUCGAUCAUCCCCGUCGAUUAUAGCGAAAUCCAGAUCGUUAUGGCCCUCCGUUCUCCGUUGGAUUCCUACUUCCACUGAUCAUAUCAUCGCCUCCGAGAAACGCCUUCUCUCUCUCGUCAAGACUCCAUAUGUGCAAGAGCUCGUGAAUAUAGGUUCAGGUCCGCCUGGUUCUAAGGUUAGGUGGUUUCGUUCUUCAAGUAACGAGCCGAGGUUCAUAAACACAGUCACCUUUGAUAGCAACGAGGGUUCUCCCACCCUUGUUAUGGUACACGGAUAUGCUGCUUCUCAAGGUUUCUUUUUCAAGAAUUUUGAUUAUCUUGCCAAUCGUUUCAAGGUUAUUGCUAUUGAUCAGCUUGGUUGGGGUGGAUCAAGUAGGCCUGAUUUUACAUGCAAAAGCACUGAAGAAACUGAGGCAUGGUUUAUUGAUUCUUUGGAGGAGUGGCGCAAAGCAAAAAACCUUAGUAACUUCAUAUUACUUGGGCAUUCUUUUGGAGGAUAUGUUGCAGCUAAAUAUGCUCUCAAGCAUCCUGAACAUGUUCAACACUUAAUUUUAGUGGGGACUGCUGGACUUUCAUCAGAAUCAGACACAACAUAUGAGUGGGUAACCCGCUUCAGAGCAACAUGGAGGGGGGCAAUUUUGAGUCAUUUGUGGGAGUCUAAUUUUACUCCUCAGAAGAUUAUAAGAGGCUUAGGUCCUUGGGGUCCAGAUCUUGUACGAAAGUAUACAGCUGCUAGGUUUACUAACAGAUAUUCACCUGAGGGUGUAUUUACAGAGGAGGAGUCUAGACUUCUAUCUGAUUAUGUGUACCAUACCUCAGCUGCCAAAGCAAGUGGAGAGCUCUGCUUAAAAUAUAUAUUUGCAUUUGGAGCAUUUAAUCGGGCACUUUUAAACAGUGCAUCUGAGUGGAAAGUGCCAACCACUUUUAUAUAUGGGGCUGAAGAUUGGAUGAACUACCAAGGAGCCCAAGAAGCUCGCGAGCAAAUGAAGGUCCCAUGUGAAAUUAUCAGGGUUCCUCAGGCCGGACAUUUUGUGUUUCUUGAAAAUAGAGAUGGAUUCCAUUCAGCUGUGUUGUAUGCCUGUAGGAGAUUUCUUUCACCUAACCCUGAUAAAGAACCCUUUCCUGACGAUUUGGUAUCAGCAUAGAAGAAGCAAAGUAUUUUUUAAUUUCUUUCCACAUGUUGUAUGACGCAUUACACCGAGUUUCAUUGGUCAGAAGAUUAUUUGGGUAAAGAAAAAACAUUAUUUGCCUGUAGCUUGUAUCAUAAUAUUUUUAUAUACGUAUUAUGUGUUUGGCAGUA